AUGGUUUUCGCCCACUUGCUCGCCGCCGCUCUGGCUCUCCCCGCCGUUCGCGCAGCCGUGCCCUCGAUUCCCGGAUUCUCUCUCACCUGGUCCGACGACUUUGUCGGCACGGCCAACAGCCUGCCCAACCCCUCCAACUGGAUCAUCGACACAGGCACCGGGUACCCAGGUGGUCCUCCCCAGUGGGGAACCUGGGAGAUCCAGUCCUACACCAGCAGCCCCGCCAACCUCAAGCUCAACGGUAACGGCGCUCUGCAGAUCACGGCUCUGAAGAACAGUGCUGGGCAGUGGACGUCGGCACGCAUCGAGUCACAGCGUUCCGACUUCGUUGCGCGCCCUGGUGGUCGUAUGCGCAUCCAGGCAAGCCUGAACCUACCCGUCGUCGGGUCGAACGGCAUUGGCUAUUGGCCUGCCUUCUGGACCCUCGGCCGCGCCUACCGUGGCAACUACCAAAACUGGCCGUCCGUUGGCGAGUUUGAUAUUAUGGAGAACGUAAACGGUAUCGACCGCGUCUGGGGCGUGAUGCACUGCGGCACCAACCCCGGCGGCCCCUGCCGUGAGACCGACGGCCUCGUCGGCAGCCGGCAGUGCCCCAACAGCCCCUGCCAGGGCAACUACCACACCUACACCCUCGAGGUUGACCGUACGCAGGCCCUCGAGGCUGUGCGGUGGUUCGUUGAUGGCAUUCUCUUCUGGCAGAUCGUCUCGACCGACCUGCCGGCCGAUGUGUGGGCGCAGAGCGUGCACAACCCGCACUUUAUCCUGCUGAACCUGGCCAUCGGCGGAGCCUUCCCUAACAACAACUUCGGCAGCCAGACGCCGCUUGCGAACACCAUCUCUGGGGGCACGCUGCAGGCAGAGUACAUUGCUGUCUACAACAGCUAG